AUGUCUUCUUCUUCGCCUUACCGUCCCGCACACAACAAGUACAACAGCGAACCCAGCUUCCUCGAUCAGGCAUGGGCCCAGCUCCGCCGCCACAGAGCCUGGAGACCAUUCCAGCGACGGAAGGGCCAAACCUGGAAAAGCAAAGCCGCCGAAGCUCUCUCCAUCCGGAACGCAGUCAGGCUCUCGUGGAUACUGCUCGUCUGGUGGGGCGAGCGUACGGUCUUUGAAAGUGCCAUCCGGGAGUGUGCGUGGGAGAACUGGGAAGAUUGGCCCGCUGGCGCCACCCCGCAUCGAAUGGCACUCAUCGCCGACCCGCAGAUCAUUGACCCGCACACGUACCCUCGCCGUGGCCUCUCCCUCGCAGCAACAAUCUACUAUACGGAUCAGUAUAUGCGGCGGAGCUACUCGACGUUGCAGGAGGUCCUGCUUCCGUCUACGACACUCUUCCUCGGCGAUCUGUUUGACGGCGGCCGCGAAUGGGCACACACGCCACCGUCGCUAUACGCGCAGCAGCAGCACAUCCACACCUCCGAUGGGCCCGUUCCUGUGCGUCCGGACCCCAGUGCAGAGGCCGACUGGAAGCUGUACAAGGACGAUUAUUGGUGGGGCGAGUAUCUCCGCUUCGCGAAGAUCUUUCCGGGAUACCCAUACCGCCGAACAGUCAAAUCGCUACCGGGGAAUCAUGACCUAGGGAUAGGUAAUGGUAUACGGGAGCCGGUGAAGGAGCGGUUCACAACGUGGUUUGGGGAGACUUCGAGCGUGGUGGAGGCGGGAAAUCAUUCGAUUGUGCUACUGGACUCAGUCUCGCUCUCGAAUGAUAAUAAUCCAAGGAUAUUUGGGCCAGAGCGAGAGUUCCUCGAUAACCUCCCAGCGCGGCUAUCGAAGCCAGAUACAGCCGCACCAAAAUAUCCGCAUACUAUCAUCAAGGACGGCGCUGCACCGUCGUCGCCGGCCGAUGACGCGCAAGACCCAGAGACACUGCGCAAUCACCUUCCCACAAUCUUACUAACACACGUCCCGCUAUACCGCCCCCCAAAUACGCCUUGCGGCCCGCAGCGCGAGUCGUCAAAUCCGAUCAGCAUCCGCGGCGGGUACCAGUACCAGAACGUGCUCACGCCCGAGCUAUCCUCCGACAUACUACAAAAGACGUCAGCGAAAUACGUCUUCUCCGGUGACGACCAUGACUACUGCGAGGUUGACCAUAUGUACACGGGCGGCCAGGGUCGCGUGCACGAGGUCACGAUCAAGAGCUUUGCCUGGACCAUGGGCAUUAGAAGACCGGGUUUCUUAUUAGUAAGCUUAUGGAAUCCAGAGGGUGGACCGUUGGAUUCUGCUGCGGAGGGGCCGACGCUGGAGAGCAAGUUGUGUUUGCUCCCGGACCAGAUUGGGACCUUUUUGUGCUAUGUAAAGAUGUUGUUUGGGACGCUGGUGCUGCUCGCGGUGACGGUGUUGGUGCGCAGGAUCAGGGGCAUUGCAAGCGGCGAGGAGCCGCUACUACCAACUAUUGAGAAGGAGCGCGAGAGAAGGCGGGAGUGGGGGUCCGUAGGUGUGUCUUCGUCGUCGGCAGCCUCGAGGAACGGGAGCAGAGCGCCGACUCCGAGAGUGUGGGGCGAGGAGGACAAGUAUCUUAAGCCCGCAAUUAAUAGCAGUGUUGGGGGCAAGAAGAGAAAGGGGGUUGUGGGGUAUCUUAAGGACUUUGGGGAUGAGGUUGCGUCGGUGGCUUGUGUUGUGCUGGGUUUUUAUAUGGUGCUACUAAUGGGAUGGUAG